AUGAACGGGGUUCAACCAGACUUUGCGGUUUUUAGCGAUCAAAAGAGACUGAGGGGUUCUCUCGCCGACGCGGGCAUGCCACCAGAUGUUCUCCGCGUUGAUGGAGAGGCAGAGAUCAACCUUCUGCUCGAAUAUGGAGCAGAUGUUGAGUGGAGGUUUGAAGAGGACAAUUACGAUCGCUACUACUACUACGAUGGCAAUGCAAAUGAACAGUACACAACGGCAUUGCCCCAUACAUUUGGCUUGUCUAUUGCACCACAAGAUCUUGAAUGGAAGAUCAAGCCUUUAUGA